CAACGAAUUCUAAGUAGGUGUUACUUACAUUCAUCCUCAGGAGAUAAAUUGCCUUGUCUUUUACACUCUCAGCAAUCAAACAACAAUUGGAAACAUUACAUCAAGAACAAAUCCUUUCAAAAAAAAUUCUUCAAGAACAAAACAAAUCAUAGCUCACCUAGUCCAUCAUUUUACCCUCUUUCUAUUAGAUCAUACAUCUCUCAUAGACCAAUAGUUUCUCCCGUAAACGCCAAGAUUACAUCAAGGUAUUAAUUUUUCAGGGGUUGUCUCAUUUGGCCAGAUACAAGAUUCAUUCUCAAAAGAAAUCUUGCAUGGUCCAUGAGUGCAUAGCUCAUAAGAUAAUGGGUACAAAGGGAACUCCCACACGAAGUGGAAGUGUAAAAACCCAUAAUGAAGCAAUGAGGCUCACAUUAGCAUCUUUUGCUGGAGUUGUUUUUGGCUUCUUUCUAGGGGUGUCAUCUCCAACACUAUCAUUAACUAAGAUGAAUCUCCCAUCUAGCAUUUUCCCAUCUAUUGAUCUCACUUAUGUUGAAGACUACUCGAAAAUUCCAACCAAGCCUAUUUGGGAUGCUUGGGCUUCAUUUAGGGGAGAUAGAAGCAUGUCCCAUGAGCUUCCCAAAUUAAAUGAGACAAAGGUCUGGUUUUUUCCUCUUGCUUGA